CUCUUCCAUCCCGCGAACGAGAAAAGCGCUGCGAGUGAGGCGUGCUCAAAGUACGCCAACUAAACUACGAUAGCACCUGGGGACAAAAACAAUGACUUUCUGAAGCGUCCAUCAACGCCAACGAUGCCAACGUUGUUAUCGAGAAGAAAUCGCUUUUAACGGAUAUUCUGCGGGACAAUUUAUGAUGGCUACUAGUGAGAUGGACUCUUCAGAACAUGAUACGGUCGACCCUGAUUCAAAGUACCCAUUGAAAGUUCUUUACUGUGGAGUGUGCUCUCUGCCUUCAGAGUACUGCGAGUACAUGCCCGAGCCGGCCAAAUGUCGGCAGUGGCUGGAGAAGAACUUCCCGGAUGUUUUUGCCCGGAUGACUCUCGGCCCCGCAGCCAAAGCCCCCAAAAAGGACCCCGAUGCUGGAGACGCUCCCCCUGGUGUCGAGGAGGAGGAGAAGAAGAAGCAGAAGAGAGGCGGGCGGGGUCAGAUUAAACAGAAGAAGAAGACUGUGCCUCAGAAGGUGACGAUAGCCAAAAUCCCAAGAGCCAAGAAGAAAUAUGUGACGCGGGUGUGUGGCCUGGCAACGUUUGACAUCGAGCUGAAAGAGGCUCAGCGGUUCUUUGCUCAGAAGUUCUCCUGUGGCGCCUCCGUCACGGCAGAGGACGAGAUCAUCAUUCAGGGAGAUUUCACCGACGACAUCAUCGACGUCAUUCAAGAGAAGUGGCCCGAGGUGGAUGACGACAGCAUCGAUGAUCUGGGCGAGGUGAAGAAGUGAAGACCAAAAUGUGCACUUUUACUGAAAAAUUGAUGUGACCUGAAACAACUUGGCCAAAUGUACACCUUAACGUCAUUUUAUACCUAUUUUAUUUACUGUACAUAAAAUGCGCAGCACCUGGCCACUCACUUGAAAUUUCUUCUUGGUUUCUUUGAUGUUUCUAACCCACACACUGUUUUUCCCUCAAAAGCGUAGAAUCUGAGAUUCCAUUUUUCCCUUGUUAAAAACCAUUAAAAUGUUUCUUUUCGGGGUUGUUCA